AGCCAAUGCGACUGGCUGCUGUCUACGCAACUCCCUGGGUGGUCGAUCAGUGGACGGAUCAAGCAUCCGGCAGCUCGCGCGGGGGAGGGAUGGCGGGGCGGGCACGGCGCCAUGCGCGGAUGAGCGAGAGAGACGGUGCCCGUGCUGCCGUGCAGAUAGAUGGCCAAGCCGGAUGUCGGUCCGUGCUGGGCGUCGCUGCCAGACCGAGGGUGGAUCUGCGCCGGGGCAUAGAAGUUGUUGAUCUUUUGGGCGGAGGGCAUCCCCGACGUCGAGUCUUGGGAGUUUCGGGUGGACGGCAUGGCUGUUUUCCGCAGCGCCCCCCCUCAUCCACUCCUCCCUCUCCCCCAGGAACGAUUGCCCUCGUACCGGCUGCGCUGCGCACGAACCGGCCCAGGGAGGCUAAUAAAGCUAGAAAAAAAAACCCAGUUGCAAAGGCCCAAGCCUCACGACGCUGCUCAUCAGUGGCCAGCUUAGCGCCCCUGUGGAACAGGCCGCGAUCGGGUGCACUCGGAAGCGCUCCAGUUUAGGAAAGAGCAAGCACCACGAAUGCGUCAAAGGGACGACGACAUCGGCUUUUCUUUUUCUUUUUCUUCCUCGGGCCCCUCCCACCCACACACCCCCGUCUCGGACACCGGCAGUUGGACUGAAAUAAGGCCGUCAUUGCCCGCCGACUUGGGAUCUUCUUCAACGCCUUCUCUCCCGCAACACACUUUCUUCAACGGUCGGGCCCAGUCAUUCUGACACCUGCAUAGCGCGGCGGCGGCGUCUUGGCAGCGUUCCUCGUCGACGACAACUCUUGCUUUGUGGUUUCACAGCUCGCUUCAUCGGUCGGACGGCAUCCAUGCCCACCACGCCCGCGCGGGUUGUGCGUCACAGACUUACACACGGUUUCUGUAUCAGCAGCGCCGCUCAUGGACACGUGCGACGGGGUAUUUGAGGAUCGAGUGUUUUGCUGAGCGGCCAAGAGGUCGAACGGAACGCACCUUUUUUUUUUCCAACCAUGGGACAGCCGGGCAGGUCCACGGGCGUGAGCCUCGCGACGGCGGAGGCCGGGAGCAGCGAUGGUAUCCGGCCUGUCGUGGAGGGAGUCGAGCAACGACCCACCAGCAAGGAUCAGGCAGAGGUGGUGUUGUUGCGAACCGCCGCCUUCAGACGCAACGGCGCCGAAAAGGCCAAGACGGCGCUCGAAAAGACGAAGCAUUUGGCUCUCGCCUUUUCCAAGUUCAUCGGCCCCGGCUUCAUGAUUUCCGUGGCGUACAGUGCGUCUCCCCCCAAUACUACACCCAUGGGUGAUCCGACAUCUCGUCUGGUUGUCGCACGCCGGUGACGAGACUUUGGUUUUCUGACAGACGCGACAGUUGAUCCGGGCAACUAUGCCACGGACAUCGCCGCCGGUGCGUCGUACCAGUACAAGCUCUUGUUCGUGGUUCUUCUCAGCAACGUCUUCGCCAUCCUGCUGCAAAGCCUCGCUAUCCAGCUCGGCACCAUCACCGGCCUGGAUCUUUCCUCCAUGUGCCGCGUCUACCUGCCGCGAUGGCUCAACUACACCCUCUAUGCGCUCGCCGAAAUUGCAAUCAUCGCAACCGACCUUGCUGAGGUUAUUGGCACCGCCAUCGCGCUGAACCUCCUCAUUCCCAAGCUGCCCCUCGUCGCGGGCUGUGCGCUGUCUAUUCUUGACGUCAUGGCCAUUCUGUUCUUCUACCGGCCCGAUGGGUCCAUGAAGGGACUUCGGCUGUUUGAGGCGUUUGUGUGCCUGCUCGUCCUGGGUGUCGUUGUCUGCUUCUGCAUCGAGCUUUCCAUGAUCCAGGAGACGAGCGUGGGAACCGUCUUCAAGGGCUACCUGCCCUCGAGCGCUUUGGUCGAGUCUGAAGGCCUGUAUCAAGCAUGUGGCAUCCUCGGCGCCACCGUCAUGCCUCAUAGCCUUUUCCUCGGAUCUGGUAUCGUCCAGCCACGUCUGCGAGAAUACGACGCGAGGCAUGGUCUUCUGCCCCAGGAGCCUGUAUCUGCGGCGUCGUCUACCACCGAUGGGUACGACAAGCCCACGUACCUGCCAUCGCAUGCCGCCAUCAAACAUUCGCUCAAGUAUUCCAUCACGGAGGUUGGGUUGUCACUCUUCACAUUUGCACUGUUCGUCAACUCGGCCAUUCUCAUCGUCGCCGGUGCCUCGCUGUACCAGAACCCGGACGCCCUCAACGCCGACAUCUUUGGCAUCCACGACCUGCUUUCCAAGAGCAUCUCACCGGCGGUGGGGACCAUCUUUGCGUUGGCCUUGCUUCUGUCGGGUAUCUCGGCUGGUAUCGUGUGCACGAUCGCGGGACAGAUGGUGAGCGAGGGAGCGCUGCGUUGGAAGCUGAAGCCUUGGCUGCGACGGCUUGUCACGCGAUCCAUCAGCAUCGUGCCGUCGGUCGUCAUUGCUGCUGCGGUGGGGCGGCCAGGGUUGAAUGCUGCCCUGACAGGAUCGCAGGUGGUGCUCAGCAGCGUGUUGCCGUUUGUCACGCUGCCUUUGAUCUAUUUCACGGCCCGGAGCCGUUUUAUGACGGUUCAGCCGGGCAUGGCGCGGUACAUGCUCGAGUCCGACGACGAAGGGCGACCGAUCACUGGCAGCGUCUCCCUUCCGGGAGGCAUCGACAUGUCGAACCCAUGGUGGCUGACUGUUGCUGGGUUGCUGGUGUGGCUCGUCAUUGUGGUUAUGAACGUUGCGAACCUGGUGCUCCUGGGAUUGGGCAAGGCGUGAGUAGAUAUAUAGAUGCCAGGCGGGUAUUGGCGGACGUGGCGUGCGCGUUAGCGCUGACGGUGGCAUCUUUUGCGCUGUCCAUGAGAUAUUUGAGGACUAGACGAAGUGAGCAUGGCAUCGGAGUUUUGGACAUAUAGGCAUGAUGCAGCAUGGUUCUCUAAUCAACCAAUGUGAGCGCUCAUCAAUCUGGCCGCCAUCUCAUGUGCGAUGCAGAGACUCAGCGGAGCCAUGUGUGAUGUGUCUUCAAUCUGUGAUUAACUUCGCAUGAAAGACGUUGACAGAGGUGCAUAUGUAUUGUAUUUAGCC